AUGAGGAAGUUGUUUCUCGCCGCUGCCGUCCUCGCCCACGUCGUUGUCCUCUUCGCGUGCCUCUCGCCUCGCGCCGCGCUUGCGGCGGACCCUCCCACCCCCAGCUGGGGCCGGGACGGCUGCCACGCGGGGUUCAAAUUCUGCGCCAACGUCACGACGAAGGAGACGUGGUCGGCGGACGGGAAAAACAUUUACUUCUUCCUCGACCUCGUCGUGGAUGGCACCGACGUGAACAUGGCCAACACAACCGUGUGGUACGUAGGCGACAACUUUGACCUCGGCUGGGCCACGGACCUGAGCAAGGCGUCUUUCAACGUCGUGCGCUUCUCGCCGCGCGGCUCCGAGUUCGCCUAUCCCCAAAUCACCUGCAACCCGGACUACUACAGCAGGGAGGCCCAGUGCCUGCCGAACGCCUCCUGCGCGGCGGAGAUUGCCCGCUCUGGCCUCGACAUGGCCCACUACUCAACGACAGAGACGGCAAACGACCUCGUGUGGGUACUGAAGACGCUGGGCAAAGGGAGGCAAAAUGUGUUAGUGUCAGAGGGGCUUGGCAACCUCGUCGUGCAGCGGGUGAUGGAGAGGGGAGAUGGCAUGAAAAACGUCUCUGUCGUCAUGGCAGGCUUCACGCAUCCCGAGUACUUCGACGUCUUCACGAGCAUCGGUGGCUACGACGGUGCACUGCAGCGACUCCUGGCGUUCUGCGAGGAGGAUGGAUCCAUGCUUUGCGUCUCUCGUGUGGGUGCGUUCGAGGGGAUGUGGAACCGCGUCGUCAACGUCAUGAAGGCGGCGAAGGCGAAUACGCUGCCGUGCAACAGUCGUCUUGACUGGGGGGUUGCCCCAAAAGACAUGCACCGCGAAUACAUCACCGUUCUUGCCACACUGCUUAAAAAGCCCCAAAACUUUUUGAUGCCAAGUGAGUGGAGGUUGCCCCAGCUGAUACCGUCUUUUAUUUAUCGUCUACAGCGCUGCACGGAGGGGGAUCAGGCGGCCCUGAACAACCUGUAUGCCUUUCUUCACUCAGGCCCGCGAGCCCGCUGCCCACCGUUUGUGCCGCAGCGCUACAACUGGCUGGUGAACGAGCUGACCCUCAUCCGCCCACCACUGCCGCCGGGGGAGCUCUUUGCGGAGACGUCGAAGAAUCGACUGGUGCUGCCAAUCCCAACGCUGUGGCAAAAGAUGUAUGAGGUGUACAACGCGUACCCAAAGUACGAUGCCACGCCAGCUGUUGUCGCCGCCGCGAAAAUGCCUUUGCUGCUGUUGCCCUCUGACAUUGACCCCGUGUUUCCGUUUGGUAUGGCGGCGUUGGCUUCCACCGGCUACGACGCCACGGUCCGUCUUCUGCCGCACCAAAGCAGCUUCCCAGUCGCCGCCAGCGCCUCAGACUGCGUCAAGCAAAAUCUCAUUUACUUCCGCGCCCACCGGGCCUGGGCGGAUGCAGGGCGGUGCCAGGUGGAUGGGUCGUACAAACUGGACUUCAUUCACUUUGACGCCUACGAAUUUUACCGGGUGGGUGAUGCGUGGGAGUUUACGACGCCAAACACGCCGGAGCCCACGGCAAACGCCUCCACGACGACCACCACAGCCGCCCCGCAUGCGCCUGGGGCGAAAAACUGCUCCAAUAGGGCGGUGAGCGUCCUCACGGUGCUUUUCUUGCUGGCGGUAUUCGGCCUUGCUGGGCUAUCGUAUCUGUACUGGAGGAAGACGCAGUCGUUUAGGUUGUCGGACGAUUUCUACAGCAAUCUGAACCACUAA